GCUAAAUUUUUAGUUUGAAAAGUAAUGACUGUGUGGUGAGAGUUUGCGCGUUUUUGUAGUUUGAGGUUAUGUUUGUCAACAAGUUUGGGUGGUUAUAAAAUGAGUUCGGAUAGAAGUGACGAUGAUGACCAUGACGCCGUUUCCAAACAAAUCGUGGAUUAUUAUAAGAAGUAUUCACAGAGUAAGCAGCUUCCUAAGUACUUUUCAGGGACUGCGCUCUCUUACAUGCCCCCCAUUGUUCAAAACGAGGAAAUUGCUGCCUAUUCUAAACCGAGUAUAGUCAUAGAUGACACCAAUAGCGAAACUUUGGUGCCAAAACCAACCCCAGAAGCGUCAGUGGAACCCAAAGCUGUAUCCCCGACUAGUAGCGUCACAUCUAAUCGCAAAUUAGAGUGGGAUAAUGGGGCAGAUAUUGGUUACAACAACUGCAACAGAAGUACAAACUUACAUAAAAGUCUGUCUUUACCGAUUUUAUUAAGUUCAGUUGAUAACAAAAAAGUGGCUAAAUCAACCAAACCAACACUAAGUAGUCAAGUGGUGACAGUCAUUUCAUACCACAGUGAAAGUGACACAAAAGAUGCACAGAUAAAUUCAUCUUCAUCUUCAUCUUCACCUUAUAGACCAGAAGUGCCAAUCCAGUCCUCCAGUUCUAGUGUCAAAACUAACCCAAAACCAGUGAGUAGUAGCUCCAGCUCUUUUUCUAACACCAUUGCGUACUUAAAAAGUAAAAUUGGGUCCCCUGAUGCUGAAUCAACCCCAAAAAUAACCAGUAGUUCACAACCACAAGUCUACAUUGACACACCGAUAGCCCCCAAACCAAAGCAACAAAUCAAACACCGAACCGUUAAUUUGUGUUUCACUAAACCAAUUUCCAUCCAAUGCCUAGAUAACCAAAAAAAGAAAGCCUCUGAUAAAAAAAUCCAAACAAGUUUUGCAGAAGGUGUAUCCAAAAGCGUACAAACUAGUGAAAGUUUGGAACUACUGACUCACAAAACUGACAAAGAGGUUAUAAAUGAGCGCGAAAAUCAGAGCGUGGUUUUCAUAAAUUACAACAGCGAGAGUGAUAAGAGAACUUGUAGUUCUAAUACUCAAACAGACGCUGAAAUUAUAGCUUCACACUGUGAUAGUUUUGAAUAUUAUAGAGAGGAAAAUCUACAAAAAAAAAUUUCGUCUAAGUCAGAUUUGACUGAUUCGUCUAAAGACGUCCCUGUUCUUGGUCAACUCAUUUCACAAAAGCAAUCAGGCAGUCUUAUCAAUGACGUAGACCGCAGCAUCGAGCUUUUACAAAAGUUGCUAAAAUCAAAAAAGUAUGACGUGGCUACGAAAAAGCGCUACGUUAAAAAGAUUGUGGAUAAAAUCGUAAAUACGAAAUAUAGCGAAGAUAGUACGACUAGUUCGGAGCUUUUUGUCCCCAAAAGACAACCAAACAAAGACGGUGUACCAAAAUUUUCAGUCAAAACUUUUACCGACGAAUUUGUGCCCGGGUUCGAACACAAGAAAAGAUCGAUUUUAACUUCCACCCACCAGAGUGGUGACCCAAGCGUCUUGGGCACAAUCGACUCUAAAACGAGUCUAGAAAAACAGCAAAAUCAGUCAUCUGGGAGCUACCACAGCUGGAAAAAUGAUAAAACCGAGUCGGAAAAAUUACUCGAGGAAAAACAGCGCGGUCAAGGCGAUCAGCUGGUUAAAUUCGCGAUGAAAGAAAGACAGCACCAGAUAGCGUGGAUCAACGACGAAAUUUCCCACUUGACCAAACUGAAGGGGUUAUUGGAGAAAAAAAGCCAGAAGACGACGACAGUGUAUAUGGUUUCUGACUGUGACUGUUUGAGUGGGAACGCGGCUUCAGGUUCUCGGGGUCCGUCGCCCAGGAAUUACGUGAUUGAAACUGAGGUGUCGACGAGUUCUUCAAGCGGACCGGUGGACUACAAUUUGUAUGAUAAAGACGGGACUAAAAAGAAUUAUCGGGUUAGAGAAACUUCUGCACAAGCGAAUUUAAAUUUUAAUAGGAAAGUCGUACGGGAUAUUGAAGUCGUGUCUGAUGAUAAGACGACGAAUAUUAAAGUGGGGGCUAAAAAACUGGAAGGUGAAGAUAUUGGUAUGUUUAAACCAAAACCUCCAACUUUGAUUGGGUUUGGAAAGUAUGAUACUUUCCCUAGGAGCAAGGCAGAAGAAGAGAGGUGUUGGCCUUGUGGACGGGUGAGGUCAGCGAAGGCCCCUAACAUGUACUCUUUCAACGUUCCCUUAACCAACGAAACCAACUUCGCCGAAAAAAUCCAAGAAAUCAUUAACAAAUACACACAAGGAAAACCCCCAAACAGAUACGAUCAUCAGUGUAAAUUCAGGAACGUUCUGGAAAACACACGAACCACCCCAACCCCUCCAGUCGCACCAGAGUUAAAACCCAAACCUGAAGACAAAAUCCCUCCCAUGUGCAAAUGUUGUAAAUGCAAACACCAAUUGUCACCCGCUCCCGACGAACGAUUCGUCGCAGAAAUCACCCUUAAAGCCCCUGAACCCGAAAAAAAAGCGUCAUCAAGUUCGCACUGUACGUGUUGCAAGUGCAAGAAACGUACGGACAAAGUCGUACCACCAAAAACGCGUGACGCGGCUUGUGAUUGCUCUUGUAAGGUCCAGGGAGUGGAGAGUACCCAAUGUCAAACUGACUGUGUUUGUUGCAACAAAGAGAUGCAAACGGAUUACAAGUGUCAGACCGAGGAGUGUACGUGUUGCAAUAAAGAAAUGCAAACGGAUGACGACGUUAAUAGGGAGAGAAUGAGAAUGAGCGAUUUGGAGUCCACUAAAAGUACGUCACAAUCGGGUACUUCUAGCACUAGUAGUACUUCUGGAACCAUGUCAAGUAGUGGGCAGUCAGCUCAGACGUGCUUGUGUUGCAAGCGCAAAAACGUCACCGAGAAACAUUUGUACAGUCUUAGGAAAAAGUUAAGCGAGGAGGUUUACCCACUCUGUCGACCGUGCUAUAGACAAAAUCGGAUGGGUGCCUAUCCACCAAAUUGUUACAACAAUAGUACCCAUGUCUGCAAUUGUUACACAGUGGUGAAAACUAAAACGCUUAACGAAAUUAAAAACACGAUUAACCAUUUGAAUGAAUUGGAAGAGUACUGUACUUGUGUUAACCCCGAUAAUCGUAACACUUCGGACUACUGCAAGUACUGUAAGUGCAAAUUGAAGAGUACUUGUAAUAAUAGAAACGGGAUAGCGUAUAUGUUGACGUUCGAUGAAACCCUCCGCGAAAAGAAGAAGAAACACAAAAAACCGCAUUUGGAAGAAAUUAAAAUUAAGAUUCCGGUUUCGUAUAAAAAGAAGCGAAAAGACAAGGAAAAUAAGAGAAAGAAGGCGAGGCUAACGGACGAUAGUGAAGAGGCGGGGUCUAGUGACGUGCGAAGGAAGGCGGGGUCUACGUUACAAGAAUAUUUAAGGCAAAAUCGUCCCGAUUUUGUUGAAGAAGCGGAAGAGAGGAGACAAACCGUGAAUGAGUCGAAGGCACUGCGAGAAGAAAUGUCGGACUAUAAAAAAUUGAUGUUUUUGAAAAAGUGUCAAGAGGAAUGUGAGAGAAGAGCCAAGCGACUAUUUUCUGGCAAAGAAAUGAAAGAAAUCACUAAGAGAAACUACAAGAAGUGUCCAGAAGUUCAACAGAAGUUGAAUGACAAUAGAGAAAGACAGUUGCGACAAGCGAACCGAUUAAUGGCCGAUACUUUCAAUAGGGUGAGUUUCCGAAAUUGAGGGAAAACGUCCUGAAGGGAAAGCGAAACUUAUCCACCAAUACCAAAGUCAUUAAUAUGUAAUUACUAAUUACUAAUUUUUGUUAGAGUAUAUUUUUCUACCAAACCUAACCUACGUACAACUUAUUGUGGACAAUAAAUACUGUUUGUAAAAA